AUUUACUUGACAACAAGUGACGUCACUUUUCUUGGAAACCGCAUUCGAAAACUAACCUAAAAACUAUUUAAAAAAUCCACGAGUUUCACUUUAAGUGUAGGUGAAAUAUUUUAUUUUUUAAGUGAAAAUUAAUAACAAGUUUAAUUAAAAUGGAAAUAGAGGAAGAAAAUCCCAAUGUGGAAACCAUCUCAAAUAGAACGUCUGUCGAGGAAAGUAAUUUAGACGAUAUUCCUUGUAAAAAAAGUUGUAAACAAAAUAUUCAUAAUUCUGAGAGUGAUAAUAUCCAAGAAUUAAUUACUAGUGACAAUUUAGAAAAACAAAAAAAACAAAAAGUUAGUACAAAAAAUUGUACUAAGGUACAAUUUAUUUCAAACAUCGAAAAUAAUUCUGACGAUAUCGAUAUGAAUGACGAUUUUACCAAGGAUGUGUGUAUGAAUGAUAAUCAAGAUAUUUCUUUAAGUGAAAAUAUGCCCGUGGAAGAUGAAUUAAGACAAUUUGACGUUCUCGACGAUUUAGAUCGUCAUCGUGAGGAAAGUACAACUGAUUCCGAUACUUAUGCCAAUGAAAGUAGUGAUUCUGAUGUUCCAGAUGAAGAGAUCGAGGCAAUGUUGGAAGAGAGUCUUCCCGAGGAAUUUCGAAAGAAGAGAAAAGGUUGCAAGGACUUUGUUCCGUAUGAGGAGAAGGAAAAACUUGUAUUAGAUGAAAUUGGACACAAUCAUUUUGACGUUCUCCCCGAAGGCUGGGUACAAGUAACACAUAACAGUGGAAUGCCACUUUAUUUACAUAAACAUUCUCGUGUUUGUACACUUUCAAAACCGUAUUUUCUAGGCGCAGGUAGUGUGAGAAAACACGAGGUACCAGUGAGUGCAGUUCCUUGUUUGCAAUAUCGAAGAGCACUUCAAGAGGAGCAGGCAGAGAAGGAGAGGGAGAAGGAGAAGGAACAAUCUUCAACUUCCGAUGGUUGCAAUCUACCAAGUGCAAAAAUUGAAACAGUUCAAGAAAAUCGUGCAGCUCAUUCUUUAGACAGUGAACAAUUGAGAAAAUAUUGUCUCACCAUGUUUCGAUUUAAAUCAAUAAAAGUCAUGAGAUUUCAAUCGUGGUCGGCGAGGAGAAAAUUCACGAAGAGUAAAAAACAUAGGAAACAAUUGGAGAGGCCUACACUGCCCGAUGGAACGAAAUUAAUUACUUUCCCAAUUGCGAGUUCAACAACAUCGGGAAUGAAUGAUUCUAAUGAACAGGAUUGCAGCGGUGGUGCACGUCCCCCUAAACACUGGAUUAUGAAUCCAUCGGGUAAAAGUUAUGUUUGUAUUUUACACGAAUACGUUCAGCAUGCCCUUAAAAAGCAACCAACUUACAGAUUCAAGGAAUUGGAAAAUGCCGCAACUCCCUACUCGGCGGUUGUUUGUAUCAACGAAAUGGAAUACGGUUAUGGUUUUGGAAGUAGUAAAAAACAGGCGAAAGCAAAUGCAGCGCGUAAAACAUUGGAAAUUCUAAUACCACAGAUGAAGGAUAAAAUAUCGGGUGAUUCAAAUACAGACGGUGUUUCAUCGAAUGCCGGCUGGGCAAUAAAAGCAGCCAAGGGCGAUUCAGACGCUGAUCUUUCAUUCUUCGAUGAGAUUUCAAUCACCGAUCCACGUGUCGCUGAAUUUUGUGCAAAAACAACUGAACCAUCGCCGCACGCAAUUUUAAUUACUUGCCUGCAGAGAAAUUUUGGACAGGGCGAUAUGCAAAUUGAUUAUUCAGUGAAUACAUUGAAACAUCAGAGAAAUGAAUUUACAAUGCGUGUGGGUAAGCAUGAAGUCACUGUUGUUUGUCGAAAUAAAAAAGAUGGAAAACAACGAGCGGCGCAGGAAAUUUUACAGAGAUUACAUCCACAUAUUCAUUCGUGGGGAUCAUUACUCAGGCUCUAUGGUUCACGGAGUGUUAAAACAUUUAAGGAGAAAAAACAAUUGGAACAGGAAAUUACUUUACUGCAGGGCAAAGCAACAGUCAAUCAGCCGAAUCAUGCGAUUUUAGGGAAAUUGAAGCAAGAAAUGAAGAAAUUGGCUGAACAACGAAAAGCCAUGCAACCAAUUGGUAAAUUUGUUUCGUCCGAUUUGCCGUCUGGAUCAGCUGCCAAUUUGAAUAAUGUCGAUUUAUAAAAUCCGAUUGUUUUGGAUAUAAAUUCAGGUAUUCAACACCAAUUAUCCUAAAAGGAAACCAAGGAUAGACAUGCGGAUUGUUCAGGAUUAUUGUUUUUCUAUUUCUACUAUAUUGUAUAUAGUUCUUGUUCACGUAACGUAUUUCUGAUUUUAUAGAGAAUAGAGAUCAAUAAACUAUAAUUUUAUGAAGUCACGUAUAUUAGAUAAAUAAAAUAUAAAUUAUAAUUGAAAAAUUUUUCUUUAGUUUUCAACAAUUUUUAAAUUUACGCGCGCUAUAUAGCGGAGUAAGUUAUAUCAAUUCUGAUUGGAUCGGCUGUAGUGGACAAGUUCUCUGCUCUCAAACAUUGUUUCUAAUUGGCCAUUAAUCGUUAUAAACUGACCAAUUAGAAUUCAACGAAAGAAGAAACAUCCAAUCGGGAAAAUUCUUUAAUUUCCCCUUAUUUACCUAAUAGAAAGAAAAGUUAUGUUCUCCAAUAUUGUCGAAAUUUUCCGCAUAAACCACAGUACAGCCAAUGAAAUCAUUUGAUAGGACGAGUGACCUAGCGUCGCGACAGUCUUUUUGCUUCCCAAUUUGUACCGUGUGGAACGUUUGAGAAAAUUACUGACGUUUCGUUGUGGUUGUGUGCUUUGCUAUUCGCAUGGCCGACGUGUGCAUUCCUGAGUUUUUGUUCGCGUGGUGUCCCUCGUUAUUUUACAGGUGUCUUUAUUAAAAAAAAAAAUAAA